UUCAAUUUGUCAAAGUCUGAAACAGUCUUAAUUUUUAAUUUUUUUCACUAAAUUAUACUGAAAUAAUGGCCAGCUCGGCAGCCACCUCACCUUUCGGUAAAAAAGAAGAAGUUUAUGGUUUUAAGACCCUUUACCGCGAGCUUGGGUAUUACAUAUCAAGAUUGGAGCAAUACGAGAGAGCUUUGAAAUUUUUCGAUGAAGCGAUUGCAAAAACCCCUAAUGAUCGGAGAGCCUUAAUGGGUCGAGCUUGGGCCAGGUCUAAAGCUUGCAAAUAUGAAGGUGCCCUUGAUGACAUUAGAACAGCCCUCAAUUUAGACCCUGACGACCUUGUAAUGUUAGCCCACAAAGCCCUCAACACUUAUCUCAAUUGUGAAUUUGAAGAUGGUUUAGUACAAAACACUCGCCUUCUCCCCAUAAGAAAAAAACCGGAUUAUUUCCAAAUGGGUGCCAUGCAUUGUGCCGAUGCUAUUGAAAACUGUUUAGGAGAAAGAGCCGGAAGGCCAUUACGUGACCACUAUUUAAUUAUCCGAAGAUUAGCCUGGAAAAAAAAUUUCGAAGAACAAAAACGUUUCCAACCAAAAUCCCGUUACAAGAAGAAGAAGAAGAAGAAAAUUGUUCUUCCUGACAAAGUAAGCAAUAAGGGAGACCCGAUUGUUCCCCUAAAGUCAUCAAGGAACUUAAAUCAUCAAUCUUUAACAUCCGACAAUACUUUAAGCCAAAUUGAUGAACCUCCAACCGAUCGUGAAAGUAUUGUUGAUAGUAUCUACUCGCUAAAAUCAGAACGCAACAUUCUUCCACCUCCCAUAAAAUUCCCUCACAAACCCCUCCAACGAUACACAAGUAAUAUAGAGAAUUACAUGGCAGAAAAAUACCUCGACACACUUUACAAAGACAAACUUUUCUUGAAAAACCUCCCGAAAGAACCCGGAAUUUCGUGUCCCAAUGAAGCCGGAACGAAGAAAAUUCUACUAUUGGCCAAAACCGGCUACAAGACUGUUAAAUACAAACAAGAGUUGUUACGAGCAAGACGACCUUUCUAUUUCAUAAAAUAUCAAGAAGCCACAUCAUCCGGUGCCCUCAAAGUACGACAAGAAGAACAGUUGAAUAAAUUAAGGGACGCAGCGAAGAAAGAAGCAGAUUUGAUAGUAUCAAAAAUGCGUGAUGCUCUUGAAGAUAAGGGUUGGAAGUCGGUUCUUGAAAUGGCGGAGAAACUUAAAACUUUCUGUGAUCUCAAAUCGCGUAAAAUUCUUCCCGAUAGAGACACGUAUUUGGAGGUGUUGUACGACACGGUGUGUCAAGCCCAUUACGACUUGAAGAGGGUCAACAAGAAUCAGUUAGAGUGGGAUCAAGAGAAGAGAAUAUAUAAAAUGUUGGGGCUUCAUUUGAGUCGAGAACCAUCAACUGAUUCGGUUAUAGCCCAAUUUAAGGGAGUUUUCAUCGAUUGGAAAAAACAAAUCACUGUUUAUGGUGAUCGACUACGUAAGGCAACAACUCCCAAAGAAAUGUGUUGGUUGUACCAUGAACUUAGCAGAUUCCAUACUGAGUUGAAACAAUACGAACUGGCUCGUGUCUAUGCUCGUAAAUGUAUGAACGAGGGCAAACGUACCGAAAAUAAUAAAUGGGUUAUUAAUGCACUGCUACUUAUCAUGAGGAUAAAUAUAGCCCAACAUAGCAAAAAUGACGCCAAAUCUGAUGCCCAAGCUGCUAUAGAGUUAGCGACUCAAAUGGGUGAUAAGAAUCUUAUUGCUUUCUUGAACAAAUGUAAGCAAGUGAUUGAAAAAGUAGCUUUUGAUGAGAAACUAGGACCAAAAGUAUUGAUGCAGCGUGAACAAAAGAUUGUGGAAAUGAUGGCUGGUGAUAAGAUGAAAGAUGAAGCUGCUCAUCUCUUCAGGAUGAUGUCUGCAAUGCCUGCUGCAAGACGGAUGUCUGUUAUGCCUGGAAUCAGGAUAACAGAUGACGAUGAUGACAAGAAAGCGAUGGCGGCGAGGAAACAAUCUAUAAUGCCAGGAGUGCAAAAACCGGCCGAGUUUACAAUGACGACCCCAACUCAGAAGCAGAAGAAAGGGAAACAAGUUUCUAUGGAUGAGUCAUCAAAAGGGGUUGGAUUUGUUGAACUUAUUAAAUAUCAUAUUGAUGACUGAUUUCGGAUAAAUAAAGAUGAGUUUGAUAAGA